AUGCAGGAGAACGAAACGCCGCAAAACUCGUCGCUCACGCUGCGAUCCGUGCUUGCAAAGUAUGUGCUCUCCUGUGGUGCAUCGUUUGCUGCCGAAAGCGUUUACUCUGGUUUUCGUAUGGGCAUAUAUGAAGUGAUGCGAGCAGCGAUGUUCGAUGAAACGAAACAAGCCGUUUUUCCAAUGUGGCAGUCGGCCAUUUGUGGUUUAGUCUCCGGUGCCGUAGCACAGUUCCUUGCUUCGCCAACUGAUUUAGUCAAGGUGCAAAUGCAGACAGAAGGUUUGCGGAAGUUGUACAAUCUUCCACCGAGGUAA